AUAUCAGACAGCGGAGCACUUAAAACGGCACACCAAAUUCAUACUCCCUAGUCUACUUACUUUCUUUAGCAACCAACGCGCUUCUUCUUCUUCUCCUCCUCCUCCUCUUCCUCUCUCUAAUUACGAAAUAAUCUUGUUACUGAGAUUUGCACCAUCACAUUUUCGUUUAUUUGUUUGAUUUUGAAAGGUACUCAUCUUUGACUGAAUUGGAGGUAUGAUUUUUGUUGGUUUUUGCGGUUUUGAGUUGUUGAUUAAAUUGUUUUUACUGCCAUCUAAAGUUUCCUUUUCACUGUAAUAUAAGUGCAAGUUGUGCCCGAUCUAACUUUUCAUUUGUAUGUUAAUUAUCUGGGUUUCUUGGAAUUGCCAUUUUUGUUUCUUCUUCUUACAAACCCCCACUGCUAUUCUUCCUUAAAAUAAUUGGUUUUUAUUUGACUUCUUGAUUAAAUAUUUGCUUCUUAUAAUAUCCCAAAGUCUCCUUCUCCUUCUUGUCCAAUUUCCUCUUCUUUUUUUUUCGUUUUGCUUCUCAAAAGCCAAUCUUGAUAAGAAUCGUAUGUUAAUAUUGGGUUUCUUGGAAAUUUUAUUAUAUUAAAUUGCAGCGCAGGCGCGGAUAAGGUAAGUAAUGGGGAGAAGUUUGAGCCCAAUAGUUAGAAGAGAGCUGGAGAAUUUGGAUAAGGAUGCUGAGAGUAGAAAAUCUGCAAUGAAAGUAUUGAAAUCAUAUGUGAAGGAGCUAGACUCCAAGGCAAUCCCUCUCUUUCUUGCUCAGGUUUCUGAAACCAAAGAAUCCAAUGCAUCAUCAGGUGAAUACACUAUUUCACUCUAUGAGGUACUUGCCCGUGUCCAUGGACCUAAAAUUGUUCCUCAGAUUCAUAAUAUCAUGUCCACUAUUAUCAAUACCCUCACAUCCAGUGCCGGAUCUUUUGCCCUUCACCAAGCUUGUUCAAAAGUUGUUCCAGCCAUUGCCAGGUACAGUAUUGACCCAACCACACCUGACGAUAAGAAAAGAUACAUAAUACACUCCCUGUCAAAACCCCUUUCAGAUUGUCUUCUCGGCAGACAGGAAAGUUUAUCUUCUGGAGCUGCUCUCUGCCUUAAGGCUCUGGUGGAUUCUGAUAACUGGCGAGUUGCUUCAAAUGAGAUGGUUCAUGAGGUUUGUCAAAGAGUUGCCGGGGCUUUGGAGAAGCAUUCACAAACAAAUUCUCAUAUGGCACUAGUCACUUCUUUAGCCAAACACAAUAGCUUAAUCAUGGAAGCUUAUGCAAGACUGCUGAUACAGUCUGGAUUACAAAUUUUAAGUAGUAGCAGUGGAGAAGGAAAUUCUCAAAAAAGAUUGUCUGCAAUUCAUAUGGUCAACUCUUUGAUGAAGUAUUUGGAUCAACGAAGCAUACAUUCUGAGCUUAGAAUGGUUAUUGAGGAGAUGGAAAAAUGUCAAUCUGACAAGAUGCUUUAUGUUAGAGGGGCUGCAUUUGAAGCAUUACAGUCUGCAAAGAGAAUAUGCUCUGAUAAGGGUUCAGAAUUUGACAGGGAUGCAUUAAUAAUGACUGGAUCCAACUUUGACUGUAGAGGGAACAUGAGGAGAAAUAUGUGGGGCUCAGGUGACCAAUCAUCUUUAACUGCAUCACCAGAAUCACGGACAAUUAAUUCGUUUGUUGACUAUGAACCAUUUAUGGACUCCCCUGUUUCAAUCAAUCAGGUCCCUUAUGUUUUGGGUAAUGAUAGGAGUGUGAACCGAAAGCUUUGGAAGAGGAGUGCAAAUGGUGGUGUUGAUGUCUCUCUUAAGGAUGGCAUUUUCUCCGAAUUCACACAUGGAAAUGGUGUCAUAAAUCCUGAGCACAAUGAGGUUCAUAAUGAUACCGGAGUCGAUGCUUUUGGAUUUGCUGGAUUUUUGCCAGGCUCUGUCCGGAAUGGUUUUGUCAGAAGUGCUACUCCAAGUCCUCAGAGGUCACGUUCUCAUGUUAAUGUCGAAAGUGUGAAGAUCUUUGCAACGCCAAGAAAACUUAUUCAUCUCCUUCAGGAUGCCAAUGAUGUGAACUCAGACGUUUCCGAGAGCAAAACCAGCAGGUUUAGGAGUCCGUCCUUGUGCAGGUGUGAACAAAGUCCACAAAAGUCUGAAGUAAAUGGCCUCUUCCAUUGUAAAAAGCGUGAGUAUAGAGAUGGGACAUCUUAUGAUGGUAAACACUACCAUCUGAACUCCGAAUCAGUAUCUUCAACAGAAGAUGCUCAAGCUAAUGGAGAUUUGCAAGUAUCUUCAAAUGAUGUUGCCCAUAACGGAACAGAAUCUCAAGUUGUCAUUCCCCAAAAAGGCUAUGCUUCUCGCAUAUUGAUUUUUGGUAUCUUAGCUGUACUUUUGGCAGCAAUCAUACUUUCGUUGUGGAUAGGCAAUCAAGAUCAAAGCUUCAACCUUGUUCCCACCUAGAAUAUGUAGUUGGUCUUCUGUAAUACAUCCCACUCUUAGAUAGUGGGUACUAAAUAGGGACCUUCACUAUCGUAAUUUUCUCAUUGAGGAUUGAUCUACUUUGCUACAGCACUAGUAUCCGAUCAUCAAAAUUGAUUAUUUGGAUGCUAGUAUGAUGCUAAUUGAAGUCUUGCUUUUUCGAAAAAGA